AGUGUAGAGCAGAGCGGGGCAAUCGAGGGAUGUAAGAGGGAGUGGAGGCUGCUGUAGUCGGAGAGCCAUGAGCAAAGUGUAGUGCUAACUUCGACUCUUCUGUUUCUAAAACAAUAUCCCUCUCUCCCCUUUUCACCGUCUCCAAACGCGGAUCGUGAUCUCCAAGCAUCGACUCUAUCCUUCUGCAGGGCCACAAGAAUGUCAGUGACUGUGCACGAAAACCGAAAAUCUCGCUCCAGCUCGGGCUCGAUGAACAUCCAACUGUUCCACAAACCCUCGCACGCCGACAGCCUCCUGACUCACCUCAACCUCCUCCGCAAGCGGCAGCUUUUCACGGAUGUGACCCUCCGCGCCGGUAACCGCGCCUUCCAUUGCCACCGGGUGGUGCUGGCCUCGUGCAGCCGCUACUUCGAGGCCAUGUUCGCGGGCGGCAUGAGGGAGAGCCGUGCCGACGAGGUGAACUUCCACGACUCGCUGCACCCGGAGGUGCUGGAGCUGCUCCUGGACUACGCCUACACCUCACGGGUCCUCAUCAACGAGGAGAACGCAGAGUCCCUGCUGGAGGCCAGCGACAUGUUGCAGUUCCACGACAUCCGCGAGGCGUCGGCCGAGUUCCUGGAGAAGAACCUUCACCCCAUGAACUGCCUGGGCAUGAUGCUGCUGUCCGACGCCCACCAGUGCGAGCAGCUCUUCGAGCUCUCCUGGCAGACCUGCCUGACCUACUUCGCCGCGCUCUACCAGACGGAGGACUUCCUCAGCCUGCCCAAGGACAAGCUGCUGGAGCUGAUCCUCAGCGAGGAGCUGGAGGUGGAAGACGAGAGCCUGGUCUACGAGGCCGUGCUGGGCUGGGUGAAGCACGACCUACGCAGGAGGCGCGACCACCUGCCCGAGCUGCUGCGCUGUGUGCGCCUGGCCCUGCUGCCCGAGUCCUACCUGUACCAGAGCGUGCUGGGCGAGGAGCUGGUGGCCGGCCACCAGCUGGGCCGCGGCGUGGUGGAAGAGGCCAUCUCCUGCAAGCUGCGCAUCCUCCAGAACGACGGCGUGAUCACGCUGCUGUGCGCCCGGCCCCGCAAGGUCAACCAUGACAUCCUGCUGCUAGGCGGCCAGACCUUCGCCUGCGACAAGAUCUACGCCAUCGACCAGAAGACCAAGGCAGUGACGCCCAAGGCGGACAUCCCCAGCCCGCGCAAGGAGUGCAGCGUGUGUGCCAUUGGGUGCAAGGUCUACGUGACCGGCGGCAGGAGCUCGGAGAACGGCGUGUCCCGGGAUGUGUGGGUCUACGACACGCUGCACGACGAGUGGGCCAAGGCGGCGCCCAUGCUGCUGGCACGGUACGGCCACGGCUCGGCGGAGCUGGAGCAGUGCCUGUACGCGGUGGGCGGGCACACGGCGGUCAGUGCCACGCUGCCCGCCUCACCCUCUGUCUCUGUCAAGCAGGUGGAGCAGUUCGACCCCCAGGCCAACAAGUGGAGCCUGGUGGCCCCCCUCCGCGAGGGCGUUAGCAAUGCGGCCGUGGUCGGUGCCAAGCUCAAACUCUUCGUCUUCGGCGGCACCAGCGUGAACCGGGAGAAGCUGCCCCGGGUCCAGUGCUUCACCCCGGGGGAGAACCGCUGGACGGUGCCCGCCAAGUGCCCGCAGCCCUGGCGCUACACCUCAGCGGCCGUGGUGGGCGACCACAUCGUUGUUAUCGGCGGCGACACCGAGAUCUCGGCCAACUCCGCUUACCGCUUCAACACCGACACCUACCAGUGGUCCAAGUUCGGCGACGUGGCAGCCAGGAGGGUGAGCUGCCACUCGGUGGCCUCGGGCAACCGGCUCUAUGUCGUUGGGGGCUACUUUGGUGACCAGCGGUGCAAGACCCUGGACUGUUACGAUGCAUCGACUGACACCUGGAGUAACAUCAGCACAGUGCCAUAUUCACUCAUUCCCACCGCCUUUGUCAGCACUUGGAAGUACCUCUCGGUUUAAGACCUCUCGUCAAACACUGCUGCCUUCAGGUGUGAAGGACCGUGUGGUGCUGUUGGAGAGUUUUUGUGAAGAGCUGCAUUGGCGAAGCCAUGUUUGCUAGCCUUUCCUCAGUUACUUGAACCAAUGGAGCGAGAGGAAGGAUUAAACCAGGACAUCCAGUUGAGGACUGGUACAUGGACAGCAAGUCGUACGCCAAGAGUUUGGAGCUUCCAGAGAGUUUUUAGAUGGCCAUCUCUGUCACACGUUUCCUUUGCUCAUCCAGUCAUUAGGACAAAGCAUUUGCUAAAAUGUGCUGCUGUUGUGGUAACGGUGACAGAUUCGGUGGAUGGCUGCUAGUUUGUGGUGCCAUCCCAAUAGUGGGGGUUGGCCUUUGACUUUCACCACUGCAUGGAGGCAGUGUGUGUGUGCAGGUAGAUGGGGAGUUCCAUCCUGUCCAUCGGACAACAUCAUAUGGGUAGGUUUACAGCAAUUCAAGGAAGUGACGUCACAAUUUGCUGAAGACUAGUGUUGGAGAACUGUUGGACAAACCAGCAAAACACCUCCCAGGUGCUAAUGUCUUAAAAAGCAGGAACUGUGAACUGUCGUCUUGUUUCUCUUCAGACAUAGUACAUGCCAUUUUGGAUACUAAUUUGUGAUGUGCCUCUUGCCUAUAAUCCACACUUUUUUUUAAUCUGGGACCCUGAGAAGUCCAUUUGAACACAACCUAAUUAAUCAAGCAAGGGUGUUCUUGGUCCAUAUGGUGUCUCCAUCACCAUUACUGUUGCUUUGCACCUUGUUUUUUAAUGCCCUUGCAGACUACUUGGUACUGUUUUCAUAUUGGGAGAGUUCUGCAUCUUUGAGGAGGUGAUUACAAUGGGGGAACAGUAAAUAAAAGCCCAAUGUGCUUUGUUUGUAAAUCAGCCAAGUUACCAGAGACGCACCUCAACGUCAGAAACAUUGUUCCCAGAGUUUCCCACUUCACCUGCAGUUCUAUACUCUAGUUCUGGGCAGAGUUUGGAGAGAAUGAAGUGACUGAAGUACCCUGUAUCAAGAAACCAUUGGGAUGACCUCAUGGAGCCGUAGAGCACUUCAGUACAGAAACAGGCCCUUUGGCCCAUCUAGCCUGUACCAAACUGUCCUACCUCAUCCCAUCAGCCCACACCUGGACUAUAGCCCUCCACAUCCCUCUCAUCCAUGUUCCCACACAAACCUCUCUUAAAUGUUGCAGUUGUACCCAAUCUUCCACUUCUGGCAGUUCAUUCCAUACUUGUGAGUGAAGAAUUUCUCCACCCCCCCCCCCCUCAGGUUCCCCUAAUAUUUCACCCUUAACCUAUGACCUCCAGUUUGAGUUUCAGCCAACCUCCGUGGAGAAAGCCUUGCAUUUACCCAAUCCUAAUUUUGUGUACCUCUGCCAUAUCUCAUCAUUCUCUCAUUUGAAGAUUUUUUAACCCCCUCCCCCCCCCCCCCCCAAUUUCAUCAGGAUAAGUUGGCUGGGCCUCUGAAGCCCACACCUUUUCAAAUAAAUUAAAAAGCAUGUUGGAUGGCAGAUUUGGUGAAGGCUUCUACCACAUGAUGCCAGGUGAAAAGGGCACAGGAAAAUCCAAGAACCCAGGUGGCAAGCUACAGCAGAACCUGACCCCUGUAAUUCGGGGGGGCACAGGUAUUGAUUGCUGUAGAGACAGCCACACUUGGGCUGUGAGCUGAAAACCUAUCUCCAGCACUAGGGAAUGUUUGAAUGCUUCAUCUACCAGGGUGGAGCAGUAUUUAUUUUUGUUUAAAAUUUUUAGAUGAAGGAAACAAUUUGUACUCUUGUACUGUAAAUGUUGUGUUUUCUAACAAUGUAGGGAAUUUUUAUUGAGAAUUCUUCUGGUCCUUGUCUGACCUGCACAGCCGUCUGUCGGUGUUUAUCUGCUUUGGAGUCUUGUGUUUGAGUUUGUAUAUGUCUAACACUGUGUGUCACUUUAGUUUUGAAGAACUCAUCUUUACAGCCUGGUGCUGCAUUGAAGAUUUCAA